CACUGCUCGGUCUUCGACAUAUUACAUAUUGAUACGCGAUACGGAAUAGUGGCUGAUCCCCAUUGAUAUUGCUUUUCCCAUCGAUCUCGUAUACCUCGUGUUCACUCUCGUCUCCUCCCCGGUUGCUCUUAUCCUUAUUCAGCCGUGAAGAACUGGUGGUUUGUUUGCCAGAGCAAAGUUUGUGCCACCGGUGGAGGAGAGUCAGGUGACCGGCGCUUUUCAAAGCCUCCCAGCUCGCCUUGCAUUCUCGAUUCAAUUCAAAUCUCUGGUUCAUUCAUUUUAGCCAAAUCAUCUAUUCAAGUGUUCGACGCCUCGUGGCUACCCGGAGUGCAGAUCUUCGUCAUGAUGGCUGCUCCUUCUAGGCGCUCCAACUCGUCCACUCCGGUCCGGGACAGCAGUAAUAAUGCCAGUGCUCCGACCACAAGAGAUUCUUUCUAUCACACAACCAGCGAAGAAGAUGACGACGAAGGGCUGGAAGAUGUGGACUACCGGGACGACGAUUUGGACUCUGCAUAUGGCGACGAUUCCUUCAUCGGGGACGAUACCAAGACCCUGUCCUGUUUUAUCACCGACUACCGCUUCGAGUUCGGCCGGCGCUACCAUUCCUACCGCGAUGGUGCGUACUGGGGCCCCAACGACGAAACGGCAAACGAACAACAAGACGUCGCGCAUCACAUGUAUUACCUGACCCUCGAUGGGAAACUCCAUCUCGCCCCCUUGAAGAACCCCCAAGAGAUCCUCGAUGUCGGCACCGGGACCGGAAUCUGGGCUAUAGAUAUGGCCGAUGAAUACCCCAGCGCCAAGGUCACCGGAGUCGACCUCUCCCCGAUUCAGCCCUCCUUCGUGCCUCCGAAUUGUGUUUUUGAAAUCGACGAUAUGACCCUGCCUUGGACCUACUCUCCCAACCAGUUCGACUUUAUUCACAUCCGGGAAAUGUUUGGCUGCAUCCCCGACUGGGACGAGUUUUUCCGCCAAUGCUAUACAUCUCUGCGGCCAGGGGGCUACGUUGAAGUGGUGGAACACUCGGUUGAGCCGACCUCAGACGACGGUAGCGUGGGACCAGACCAUUUCUACCGACUCUGGGGCGAGACGGUCGUGCAGUCCGGAGUCCAGUUCGGGAAGACCUUUACCAUCUGGAGCGAGAGCGCCGAGCGUCUCAAGCGCGCAGGCUUUGUGGACGUGGUGGAAGUGGACUACAAGUGGCCUAUGAAUGGCUGGAGUUCGGACCCCAAAAUGCACGAACUGGGCCGAUGGAAUCAGUUCCGACUGCACAACGGCGUGGAGGGGUUUAUGCUGCGUCUGCUCACCUCGACCCUCGGCUGGCCGUAUGAUCGCGCACAAAUACAUCUGGCACAGAUGCGAGCAGCUUUACGAGACUACAAGACCCGUGCCUACCUCCCCGGAACGGUCGUCUACGCGCGCAAACCGGAAUCACCUGUGCCGUGCAGAGACUAAAGUCGCGGGCGGCUUUUUACAAUCUCUCUUCUCUUCUUGCAUAUUCCUUUAUGAUCAUAUUUUAAUCAUUCGGUCGGCGAGAGUCUGUUUUGUUGUUGGAGGAUUGCGUUUUCCAUAUAUACCCCUGAUGUAUACCAUGCCCGUCAUGAACUGUGCCAUACUUGAGCUGCCAUUUGUAUUUACGUUGUAUUUAUGCUGUUUUGCAUAUCUAGAUUUGAACGUUGACUGUAUAGAGUAAUGACAACGGUUGUCGAAGACCGCGCGGAGCUCGUACAA